UUACCCGUCUCCUCAGAGUCCCCGAGCUCAGUCGGAUGCUGGCAGCGGAGUGUGGCAAACGGUCUCGAUGUCCAGUUUUUCUUACGCCGUCGUCUUUCUCCCUCGUCUGGGAGCCUUGCGCCGGGGUCGGAACGCUUAUCGACUCCUCCGCUUUCCUGCGGUGAGGAACGCCCGUCGACAACGUCCGUUUCCGGUUGGCUCCGUCUGGAAGGUUGAAUAGUGAGUGUCCUGAGAGGUCAGAUUGCUGUCAGACAUGGCUGCUGGGCAUGGACACGAGCACGGGCACGGGCAUGGGCAUGGUCACGAUAAACUGGUCCUUCCAGAUCACACACAGUGGAAAACAGAAGGGACACCGCUAGAGACAGUGCAGAAGAAGCUGGCUUCCCGGGGGCUGAGGGACCCGUGGGCUCGCAAUGAGGCCUGGCGAUACAUGGGCGGCUUCACAGAGAACGUCUCCUUCAUGAGUGUGCUGUUCAAAGGGUUCAAGUGGGGGUUUGCUGCCUUUGUGGUCGCGGUAGGGGCUGAGUACUUCUUGGCCUCCCCGAAUGGUGAUAAGAAGCAUCACUGAAGGCAGCACCUGGGCUUAUCUCCUGACUUCUCUCUCUAGCGUCCUUGGCUUAGUUAAGUUAAGAAAGAAUGGCUUAGUUAAGUAAAGAAAAACUUUGUUUUGUCUUGUAAUGCUUAAAUAAAGUUGGAAAGAAAAAUGUAA